CGUUCAUCUCGUCACCCACCACGACAUCCGCUCCCUUCACGCCAGGGCACCAAUUCCUCUGCACCGGGACAGCGCCGUUGACGAUUCCCCUCCUUCCUGGCUUCGCCCCGAGAUACAAGCGCCCUCACCGCAGUCGCCAACCAAAGCCAGCGAACAACCUCGCCGAGCCCAGACCCUCGUGUCCCCUAAUCGAACAGACCCGGCCACAAUGCAAGCAGCACCGUCGCAGGCAAAGGAAUUCAAGCUCUCCGAGGCCUUCUCGCCGAGGAACAUCCGCAACAACACCCAGUACCUGAUCUACGUGCGCUCGUCGCUUGCCGCCUUUGCUGGCAUCGCAGCCGGUAUCCUGGGCCUGCAAGGACUCUCCGGAUUCCUCUUCUACCUGGUGUGCUCGGUUGUGACGACGGCGCUCAUUAUCCUGACCAAGGCUGGGUGGGAUCACAAGAUUUACUUCACCUCUCGCACCCAGGUGUGGCUGGAAGAAGUGAGCGGAAGCCUGUUCAGCUAUCUCCUCUUCUGGACUCUGGCCUAUGGACUCGUUCAUCUCUACGAUUAGCGGCUGGCAAGAUCAUUCGUCCGAGCCGCUAUAGCGCUACCCAAUGCCGAGCAUCUCAUGCUCCGUGUGGAACUUCACAUCAAAGUCGUAGUGGCGACAGCGGCAGCCGUCCUAACGAUGACGCAAUCACAUGUGAAUAAACUGCGAUCGGCUGCUUUCUUGUGCCAAGCUGAUCGCAGCGAUCUGACCAAGA